UACAGCUGCGUGUUGUGGUCUGUGGCGCUCACUUAAUCGUUUUCAAUAAAUCACAUCAAUUCCCACAUACUGCGGAUCCGCCGUGGGCCUGUAGCAGCUGUUCCGUGGAAAUGUCUUGCGAGGGGAACGUUCGUCCCGCCGCUGUCGGAUGCUGAGGCGCGCACUCAGCCCCGUGGAUGAGCCUGAUGUCCAUUAUGAAACGCAAUGGUGCACUGGGUAUGUCGAGUGUGAGGCGCAGCGCUUUUGACUUCCAGUGAAUUACAAGAAAUCAAUUGGGCUGCACACAACGCUCCUGCGGUGCGAAGUGGACCUGCAUCCCCGUUCUGCUCAUCCCUCAGCCUCCCGACUUCUCUUGGACUGUGGAUAACAAGAAGCCUUCAAGACGGAGGGGGUGGUGGAACAUCGAGGAAAAAACAGGGGCAACAUGAGAGAGCGGGACUUCAUGCCCAAUAUGGAGAGGGGCAAACCUGCCACUUACACGGGGGACAAAAAGGCUAAGAUGGCUGCUAAGACGAACAAGAAGUGGGUGAGACUAGCCACCGUAUUUGCAUAUGUGUUGUCCGUGUCCUUAGCAGCCAUCAUCCUGGCUAUUUACUACAGCCUCAUCUGGAAACCAACUAGUGCGUCCUCCUCCGCGGGGAGGCCGGGAGUGCCAGAGGAGGUCACCCCCAGCGCCAACAUCUCCACUAAUGUUUCCACGAGCAUCACCGUGUCGGAGUGGAACUCAACGCAGACGGGGCUGCUGCUGUCUCUGAACCACACCACGAGGCAGGGCACUACCUCGGCAUCAGCAUCCCCGCACAGCCGCGCAUCGGCGGCGUUUCAGUGGGACGACAUGCCCGAGAGCGUGGCCGUCUCGCCCGGAGCAGAAAUUGCGCACUCGCAGCGGCAGGAGGAGGGAGGACUCUACGCGUCAUCCACUGAGAGAUCGGGCACUUUGGGGAAAGAGACGCCAAGCAAGUCCCAACCCCGGGUGAGCCAGCACAUCCCGACAGAAACCGCGGAGACAGAGGGUAAAGGGGAGAAGGAGAAGGAGGAGGAGAGGGUGACGCGCGAUCGGGGUGAUGGAGCGACUGACCCGGAGCAGGCGGCUGCAGAUUCGGCCACCGUCCCUCCAACGAGCAUUAGAGGAGAGUGAUCAGGCCCUGAUUCCCAUCAUCGCCAUCAUCACCCCUCACGCACACACUGACCCACGGAGGAGUGUUUUACAGACUCGGAGCCGCAGGUCGGAUAACACGUAGGUCUUUGCAGAUCCUCUUGUGGAUGCUGAACUGCUCACAUGAACUCAUCUCUUGCUCUAACGCCUGAGAAAAGAGAAGACAUCUUCUUCUGUAAACACUGCACACACCCCCCAACACUAACUAUGCGUUUUGUUCCUUUUAGGCCAUUUGUAUGCCUUAAAAAUCAGUGUGUGUCUCCAGCUUCUGAGGCCACCAACCUGCCUGUGCGUGUGGACAAGACUGCUCUAGAUAUUUUGUUAAAAUGAAUGGGACAAAGGCUCCAGAGGUUGUAUUUUGUUUGUUUUGUAGGACAUGAACAUGCAAACAUGCAGCGCUUAACAUCACUGCCAUUCAUGGGCUGGUCUAAAAAUCACUAAUAGCAUUUUAGUAUCUAUAGGCUGUACUCUUCCCUUUUUUUCAUCAAACCUGGAUUCCGAGUAAAAGAAAAACUGCAUUGUUGAGUUAUGCUCAGGUAUGUAACCAUGUAAAUGUACUGUGGAUUUGGUUAUGUACAUAUGUAGGGCAGGCAUAGAUCUUUUUUGGCCUUGAUGAACUUUUAGUGUAAUUAGAUGAUUUUUAUUAAAGAUACAUGUAUGAUAGGAAUAACUAUAACA